AUGGAGGAAAGUCAAAUAUGGAGGAAAGUCAAAUAUGGAGGAAAGUCAAAUAUGGAGGAAAGUCAAAUAUGGAGGAAAGUCAAAUAUGGAGGAAAGUCAAAUAUGGAGGAAAGUCAAAUAUGGAGGAAAGGCAAAUAUGGAGGAAAGGCAAAUAUGGAGGAAAGGCAAAUAUGGAGGAAAGGCAAAUAUGGAGGAAAGGCAAAUAUGGAGGAAAGGCAAAUAUGGAGGAAAGGCAUAUAUGGAGGAAAGGCAAAUAUGGAGGAAAGGCAAAUAUGGAGGAAAGGCAAAUAUGGAGGAAAGGCAAAUAUGGAGGAAAGGCAAAUAUGGAGGAAAGGCAAAUAUGGAGGAAAGGCAAAUAUGGAGGAAUGGCAAAUAUGGAGGAAUGGCAAAUAUGGAGGAAAGGCAAAUAUGGGGGAAAAAGCAAACAUGGGGGAAAAGGCAAACAUGGGGAAAAAGGCAAAUAUGUGGAAAAAGGCAAAUAUGGGGAAAAAGGCAAAUAUGGGGAAAAAGGCAAAUAUGGGGAAAAAGGCAAAUAUGGGGAAAAGGGCAAAUAUGGGGAAAAAGGCAAAUAUGGGGAAAAAGGCAAAUAAGGGGAAAAAGCAAAUAUGGGAAAAAAGCAAAUACGGGGAAAAAGGCAAAUAUGGGGAAAAAGGAAAAUAUGGGGAAAAAGGAAAAUAUGGGGAAAAAGGAAAAUAUGGGGAAAAAGGAAAAUAUGGGGAAAAAGGAAAAUAUGUGGAAAAAAGCAAAUAUGGGUAA